UCUACAAUGACUGAAUACUGUUGUUGAGAAUGAAGGGUCUGAGCAUUAUUUUGGAGCAGUAGACAUGCUGUGUAGUGGAUUGACUGCUCUUGCUCUGUGUUAUAGUCAUCCGAUAGUCUGAGCAGACCCGUAGCUCUGCGUUCGCUAUGGGGGAUUGGUUCAGAUCAGGCAUAAAUCUAUCUCAGCUGACUGACCAAAUUUCAACUGUUCUCAAUGAAUCAACUGCUGAAGUUCAAGAUCCAGCGACGGAAUUAGCAAUAGCCAAGCAGCGCAUACGGCUACUCGAGGACAGUGCUGAAAAGCAAUUGACCGAGGCUGAGCGGCUCAAGUCUCUGACAGAUGAUCUCAGAGAACAAAAGGAUGCCAGUGAAUUACAGAUUGCUGUCAUUUCCAAAGAGUACCGGCAGUUACUUCAAACGAAGGAGACUGACCUGAAAGAUGUCCGUUCGGAACUAGAGAAAACGCGCAGCGACUACGAAGUGCUGCUCAACUCCUCUCUGCGCCAGCAGCCACCGCCGCGGUGCAAUGGCUCCGUAUCCAGCUCUGCGAGAUCGACGCCGCUUAACGGCAUGGGAGGGCAACUCUCAGCAUUCGCCCCUCCAGCCUCGUCGUCUAAUGGACCUACGAGUGGUUUGGAUGCAGUGGAUGGCCCUGGCGAGAAUCGUCCCUACCCUGACCUUGACGAGGACGCAUGGGCCGAGGAUGUCCACGAUGCCAUGUCCAACCAAACACAGAUCAACCACCUCAAUCAAGAGCUGACAAAGUCCAUCGCCGAGGCAGACCACUGGCGAAAGGUCGCACAGUCUCUUCAACGUUCCAAUGGAAACGAUGUCGCUCCGUCUUCGCCGACGUCGAGCGAGGACCUUUUCGUUCUCCGCAAUGAGAUUCAGGCACUGCGUGACACUCAGAGUCGCCUUGUCGACGACCACCAGGCACAGUUGACAGCAUUGCAAGAGGUGCACCAAGCCAAUAUCCUGUCUCAGCAACAGGCUCAUUCUUCUGCUCUAAGCGAACUCCAAGUGCGCCUGCAAGCUGCGGAAGAAGCCAGAUCUGUUCCUAUCGAUCGCAGCAUGUCUUUGGAUGAUCACGAGCAGGACGAUGGGCAGAAAUCAAUCAGGCGCUUGGAAAACUUGGUGUCCGCAUGCAACGCAGAGAACGAUCUACUAAAGAGUCAGCUAGCCACGUUAACAUCGGAUUUAUCUACAGAGAAGCAGCGCACUGCGGAUGUCUCUGCCACAGCUAAGCAGGUAGCUGCCGAGAGAGAUGCGCUUCGUCAGGAGCAGUCGACUUUAGCGCAGCGCCAGGAAUCCUCUACUGCGGAGCACAACAGGCUGGUCGAGAGUCUGAACUCUAAGCUGUCUCUCUUGCAGCAGCAACUGUCCAGCAGCAGCCAGGAGCACGACGCUGAGCUGCUGUCAGUCAGGGAAGAGUUGACCACUGCACAGCGGCAGUGCAGCUCAGUAAACGAGAACCAUGCUCAGCUGCAGCAGCAGAACGCACAGCUGGCGGCACGUCUCGAACAGCAGCUCCAAGACACCCAGCGGCAGCAAGAGCAGCUUGCCAAUGCCAGCACCCACGCCAGUGUAGCAGCAGUACCAGCAGCGCCGUGUGAGGAGUGCAAACGACUUGACGCACGGCUACAGAGCUCGCAGCAGCAGCACACGACUGAAGUCAACGAUCUCACGGCACGCGUCUCUGAGCUGAGCGCAGCACGCCAAGCUGCUACUCAAGAGCUCGAGCACAAGUUGAAGUGUGCGAAUGAUGCUCACAGCAAGCUGAUGGAGCACAUCACGAACAUGAGCACAGCCCAUGAUGCAGAGCUGAUGGAAUUAGCCGACGAACGAGACAAGCUUGCCACUGAGAAUGAAGCUCUGCGUCGUCAAACGGCAGCAGCUGAUUCUACCAAUGCCACUGUGAUUGGUGGUGGUAGUAGUAGUAGCCCUGUGGACACUGCGAGUCAUGAUAAGAUCCAGCUGGCCUCUGCACUUUCAUCUCUGAAGGUGGCGGAGGAAAAGCUCGUCCGUGAAAGACAGCUACGUUCGCGGAUCGAAGGGGACCUUCAGAUUUCGCAAACGAAGGUAAAGGACUCGCUGGAACAACAUGACAAGUUGGUAACAGAGGCGGAUACACUGCGCGCCCAACACGAGGCAAUGCAGCAAGCAUCCUUGCACGUUUCAGAACAGAUGAAGUUCCGUGAAGCAGCGUUUGAGCAGCUCCGUACCGAGUAUAACAAGGUUGUGAGCAGCCAUACGAACGCCACCAGCGACAGCAACCCAGGUACUGACCAGAGUUCUAAAAAGGCUGACAUUGUGGAAAGCAGCAGUAGUGGUUCCGUUCACAUAGAUACCAAUCAGAUCAAUGCUCAUUUGAAGGCACUGAAUGAGGCGGUAUCGCGUCUGUGCGCCGUCUGUGGAAGUCCUCUCGUUGCAAACACGCCGGAUGAAGGUUCCUCUGUGGAUAUCUCGGUGCGGCUAUCCCACUCCACGGCCCAGAUUCAGCACUGCGGUCAGCUGGUCGGUGCCGUCUUGGAGCAGUGCAGGCGUAUUGCACAGGCGUCGGCACAGCAGGCUGCUCCGAAUGCGGCAACGCCCGUGACACACGCCACUCCGGUCAUGGCUACUGCAACACACCCUGCUGCUGCUGCUGGUGGUGGUGGUGGUGCUGCUGCUGCUGCUGCGAGCGAUUCGUCCCGACCUCGGCCGUGUCAGCAAUGUGCAGUGCUGCGUGGUCAGUUAGACGCUGCGAUGGCACAGCUUCACACAGCCAGGCAGCAAACCGAGGUGGCCGCACACAACGCCACCGACACCAUCCAGCGGCUGCAGCGGGAAGACCAGCGCCUCAAGCAUCAUCUUGCCCAGAAAGACGAGGAGCACAACCGCGAACUGUCCGAGUUGGCCCAGCGUGAUUUGGCGUUGCGGACCGAGAUUGGCCGGCUGCAACAGGAACUCCAGUCAUCCGUGACACAGUCACACGCUCAGCAAUCGGGGCUGGCCAAGGAACUGUCCAGCGUGAAGCAAGCAAUGUCCGCCAUGUCCGCCGAGAAGGUAGCGCUACAGCAGGGUUAUCUUUCUCUGCAGCAGCAGGCCGAGAACAGUGGCACAGCGUUGGCACGAUUGCAGCUCGUCCUGGAGCAGUUCCAAACUGAGCGUGAUGCCGAGAUCAAGAGAGCGUGCUGUGCCGCCGAGGAACGGCUUGUGGAGUACCAGCGUCAGAUCACGGAGCUCCGCGAGCACAUUCGUCAGAAUCAGAUUGAUGAGGACGAGGUGAUCAAUUCCAAUGCCGAGGUGCAGUCGCUACGUCAGAGCUCCAUGCAACAAGCCCAGGAGCUAGAGGUUCAGAAAGACCUAUUGAUACGGGCUUCGUCGCAGUUGCAAACUUGCCGUGCCGAGGUGGUGGAGCUGAGAAUGAGCCGCGUGGACAAGGAUCUGGUGAAGAAUCUCUUACUGAGCUACUUGUCUGCGCCGGCAGCCAAACGAGAUGAGGCACUACAUCCGAUUGCCAGCAUAUUUGGUUUCCAGUCACACGAGCUUGCAAAGAUUGCCCGUCCGAAGAAAAGUCGCUCCGCGUCCACUAGCGGCUGGCUCGGUGGCUGGUGGGGUGGUGGUGGUGGCAGCGGUGGCUCUGCAGGUCGCUCGGCAGCAGCCAGUCCCAUGUCUAUGGCACAGCGACCCUUCACCGAACUGUUUGUAGAAUUUCUCGAAACCGAGUCAUUGCCAGCCGCACCCAAGCAGAAUAAGCUCCGGGGCAAGCCCAAUCCCGGUCUUGAUUUCCGCGGCCCGUUGUUGCCAGCAGCAUCGGGGUCAGCUCAACGGUUCGCGGCGGGUUUUGAAGCAGGCAUGCCCGAAACUGCCCUGAUAGCCACGCUGGACAAGCAGGAGGUGGCACGGCUACCGCUGUUGCCAACGCUGGCCGCACCGGCUCCCAGCUCAAACAGUAGCGGCAGCAGUACGCUGGGAGGCAGCAGUAUUAGCGGCAUCGCUAGUGUGGCUACAAUGCCAUCUAGCCUCUCAAUAAUUUCACAAUCGCUGACUAGUCCUGCUGCAGGCAAAGUAUAGCUGCAUCAAGACUACUAUACUAGUAAGUCUUCUUUUCCAUGGCGGGUUAUUCAUAGAGGUUUUGCUACCGUCAAGCACGAUAAAAGUACAUCAGGGUAGACAGCAUAGCCCGUCUAGUUUUACUUGUGUCUCUUAUUGUUAUAGUUCAGAGGUGUCUUGUUGCGAGCGGUCUGGUAUUAUUGAAGUCAGGUCUUGCGAAUUCCGAUAUUCGUUGAACUCUUUUUAUCAUUGAGAUUCCCGUCUAGUCCAGCGAAUUGAGUAUUGAUUUUCUCCAUUCUAUUUUUUAUUUUUUAAUAUCACCCCUGCUGUGUGUUUUGAAUCGAAAUAGAACUUGGCACACUUUCUAUUUGAUCAUCGUGUACGCUACACCAAGCAUUAGCUGAUAGGCGGAAACACAUACUUUUGCAGGCAAUCACCGAUUUAUGAUUAGCGUACCGUAAAGUCGCGGAUAAAAGCCGGGCUUAUAAGCACAUAAGCCGCUUCCUGCAUCAGGCUUCAAUGCAAACCAGGCUUGUAUGCAAACCAUGCUUAUAUGCACCACUGA